GGGACCGGAUGGAACCUACAGUGUAUCUUACUUGAGAGAGGGAAUUAAAGACGAGAGCAUUGGAAAGUAAAAAUUUUUCCCUCUUUCAUUGCACCAUAGCUUCCCUCCUCUCCCUGUGCACUUACUUAUACCACUAAGCUUUUGGCAGACCCUGCUUCCUACAUCGAGAACCACAAGGAAGAAGGAGAAAAAUCUGCAUUUCUCAUACCCAUUUGGGAGAAGAAUAUUGGGUUUUCGUAAAGUUUCCUGCUUCUUUUCUCAUUGGCCAUGAAAAUGGCAAGAUCAGUUAUGCUCCAUCUUCUUCUCGGAGCUUUGGCUGUGUUGGGCAGUGUAGUGACGGUGAGAGGAGAUGACCCUUACAAGUACUACACUUGGACUGCCACUUAUGGCAUUAUUUCUCCUCUCGGUGUUCCUCAACAGGUUAUCCUUAUCAAUGGCCAAUUUCCUGGUCCAAGGCUUGACCUUUUGACCAAUGACAACAUCGUUCUCAACCUCAUCAACAAACUCGACCAACCUUUCCUCUUGACCUGGAAUGGGAUUAAGCAGAGGAAGAACUCAUGGCAAGAUGGGGUUUUGGGCACGAACUGUCCGGUUCCUCCAAACUCAAACUUCACCUACAAGUUUCAGACAAAAGAUCAGAUCGGGACAUAUUCUUACUUCCCCUCCACGGCCAUGCACAAAGCCGCAGGAGGCUAUGGAGCAAUCAAUAUCUAUGCGAGGCCGAGAAUACCCAUCCCCUAUACUCUCCCCACUGCAGAUUUCACAUUGCUCAUCGGUGACUGGUUCAAGUCCAACCACAAGACUCUGCAACAACGCUUGGAUUCUGGGUCACCUUUACCGUUUCCAGAUGGAAUCCUCAUCAAUGGACAGACUCAGACAACAUUCACAGGCGACCAAGGGAAUACAUACAUGUUAAGAAUCUCAAAUGUUGGAUUAUCAACGUCCUUCAACUUCAGAAUCCAGGGGCAUACCAUGAAACUGGUUGAAGUUGAAGGCUCUCAUGUGAUUCAAACCGACUAUGAUUCUCUUGACAUUCAUGUCGGCCAGUCUCUCUCUGUUCUGGUGACCUUAAACCAAUCUCCUAAAGAUUAUUACAUCGUUGCAAGCACCCGUUUCACAAGAAGUGUAUUUUCUGUGACUGGACUGUUACGUUACUCUAACUCCCGAGUUCCAGCUUCUGGGUCUUUGCCGGCUUCUCCCCCGGGAGGGUUGGUCUGGUCCAUGAGACAAGCCAGGACAUUCAGGUGGAACUUGACAGCAAACGCAGCUAGGCCAAAUCCUCAGGGGUCCUUCCAUUACGGAAAAAUCACUCCCACGAAGAUGUUCGUCUUCUCCAAUUCAGCUCCUCUGAUCAAUGGAAAGCAACGUUAUGCUGUCAAUGGUGUCUCUUACGUGAACUCUGACACGCCUCCUAAACUGGCUGAUUACUUUGGCAUUGCCGGAGUCUUCAGCACCAAUUCCAUCCAGAGCGUGCCCUCCAAUUCUCCGGCAACUGUUGCUACUUCUGUAGUCCAGACAUCUCUCCAUGAUUUCAUCGAGGUUGUCUUCCAGAACAACGAAAAUGCAAUGCAGUCUUGGCAUCUUGAUGGUUACGAUUUCUGGGCCGUAGGAUUUGGUUCUGGACAAUGGACACCGGCAAAGAGAUCACUGUACAAUCUUGAAGACGCUCUUACCAGACACACAACUCAGGUAUAUCCGAACUCAUGGACAGCGAUCUUAGUGUCUCUGGACAAUCAAGGGAUGUGGAACAUGAGAUCAGCUGUAUGGGAGAGGCAGUAUCUUGGACAACAGUUUUAUCUCAAAGUGUGGAACCCUGUCCAGAGCCUCGCCAACGAAUACAACCCUCCCGACAACCUUCUUCUCUGUGGCAAAGCCAUCGGAAGACACCCUUGAGAGCUUUAGAUUCGCUGUCUGUGUCUCCAAGUUCUUUGAUUUGGUUUUGUUCUUCUGGUCAUGAGAGUAUGACCACUGAUUGUUUUAAAACACUAGAAGAGAGAAAGAGAGGCAGAAUGGAAACAAUGGAAAGGAUAAAAAGUUUGUAUCUUUAUGGUUUGUUUAUUUAUACAACUCUGUUUCUAAGAAUCCUUUUUCUUUGUCUG